CAGGCAGGCAGGCAGGCAGGCAGGCAGGCAGGCAGGCAGGCAGGCAGACAGACAGACACCCACAGACCUUUUGCAUUACCAUUGGGAGACACAGACCCAGUUUAUUGUGGAUUACCUGGAUUACUGCACGCCGACAGUAGCUCCAUACUGGACUGGACCCUGUUCCCUAUGAACAAUGGAACAGAUGCCUUUACAAACGUUUUAAGGGUUACUCCUUUUGAUUGGAUCCUGUUCAUAUUACUUUUCUUUGCCUUUUAUUUUUGUCCUUUUUAUCAUAUUUCUUUUUUUCUCUUUGUUUUCUUGUUUAUAUUGGAGUUCCAGCGUCUUUUUAUAUAUUAACCCAUUGGACUGCUAGUUCUCCUCUUGUGGAAAAGAUGAGCUCACCAUUGGGACAGAGUUAAAGUCGUUAAGAUCAUAUGUGUUGACCACCACAACAACUGGAAUGGACAGCAAAGACUGUUCUGACUGUUGUUGAGGAGGAGCCAAGAACUGACCAAAUGGACGUUGAGUGCCAGCGCUGGACCAACAACCAAUCCGAUGAGUGCCACUGUACUGACAACCAAUCAGAAGAGUGCCACUGGACGGACAACCAAUCGGAUGAAGUGGAGAGUUGCACCGAGGAGUUGGAGGAGUUCUUAUGCGAAAUCCAAGAGGGCUGUUCUACUGACCUCUACAGACAUCCUCAGCUGGACAUGGAUAUAGAUUCAGUGAAGGCCAUCUACACUGACACGGCUGUCUCCGUCAGAGAGUAUGGCUCCAUUGACGAUGUGGAUGUUGACAUGCUAAUUAAUGUCAGCUUCCUGGAUGAUGAAGUAGCCAGGGCCUGGAAGAUCAUCCCAACAGAGCCUAUUAUCGUCCGGCUGCGCUUCUCUCUGUCCCAAUACCUGAAUGGGCCAGCACCCUCUGUGGAGGUGUUCCAACCUUCUAACAGAGAAGGGUUCAGCCUGGGACUACAGCUGCAGAAGGUCCUCUCUAGCUUUGCGUCCCAGCAGUGGAAGUACCUGAGUAAUGAAACCCUCACUGCCCAACAGAAGAUCAGACACACUUGGUUCAAACCUGGAGGAACCAUCAAGAGGUUCAGGGCUGGACUCGGCAUCCUGUCACCCAUGUCCAAGUCCAGUGGCCAGGAGCAUGUUCUGAAGGUGAAGAUGAUUGGACCGGAGCUGAAAGUGAAUCUCCUCAUGAAUCGGACAAUGGCUUACACCAUCAAGAACCCCAGAGGAGAACUCCACACUUACACAACUAAUGGCAAGAGGGUGUUGGUGUCUGCUGCCAGGUCUCCGGCUCACAUCACAACUAAACAGCUGGUUGAGGUGCUGUUCUCAUCCCAAGCCUUUAUUCACUGCAAGUCAGUCCCCACCCUGCAACAUGGUUUCUUAGUACAGGUAAUGAAGUACGCAGAACAGAGGAUCCCCACUCUGAAUGAAUACUGUGUGGUCUGUGACGAGCGACACGUCUUUCAGUACGGCUCUAUGUUGAAGCCUGCCGUGUGUAGCAGGGAACUGUGUGUGUUUUCUUUCUACACCUUGGGAGUGAUGGCAGGAGCUGUGGAGGAGGUGUCUAAUGGAGCAGAGGUAGUGGACUUGUUGGUGGCCAUGUGCAGGGCGGCUCUGGAGUCCUCCAGGAAGAGCAUCAUCUUGGAGCCAUACCCCUCUGUGGUCGACCCAUACAACACCAAGUCUCUGGCCUUCAGUCCCAGGAGGAAGAGCUACGAUCGACUGCAGAAGGCUCUGGACAGCAUCAUGACCAUCAGGGAGAUGACGCAGGGUCCGUAUUCAUCAAUCAAGAAACAGAUGGACACAAUAGACCCUCUUGCUCACCCUUUACUGCAAUGGAUCAUAUCAAGCAACAGAUCACAUAUUGUCAAGCUACCGCUGAACAGGCAACUGAAGUUCAUGCACACUCCACAUCAGUUCCUGUUGACCAGCAGCCCUCCUGCCAAAGAAGCUCGCUUCCGGGCCGCUAGGAAACUAUAUGGCAGCACCUUCGCCUUCCAUGGUUCCCACAUAGAGAACUGGCACUCUAUUCUGAGAAAUGGACUUGUCAACGCCUCAUGCACAAAACUGCAGCUACAUGGUGCUGUGUAUGGGAAAGGUAUCUACCUGAGUCCUGUCUCUAGCAUCGCAUAUGGAUACUCAGGGAUAGGUAAAGGACAGCACCACAUCACCACCAAACAGGAGCUGGUCAAACGUUACAACCGCAUCAAUACCACACAACAGGAAAGACCGGGCCAGUCAAGGUUUCUUCAGAGCAGGAAUUUAAACUGCAUCGCACUUUGUGAAGUGAUAACAUCAAAGGACCUUCAGAAACAUGGGGACACAUGGGUGUGUCCAAUAUCCGACCACGUCUGUACGCGAUUCUUCUUUGUGUAUGAGAACGGCCAGGUGGGAGAUGCCGACAUCAACACCCAGGACAUAAGGAUUGAGCAGGAGAUAAUACGGGUGAUUGGGACUAAGCCUAGCUGAGGAGGACAGAGACAUGCAGCUGACUGGAGACAGAGCUAUAUGUACAGUAUGGCUCUGGCUGGGGAUACACAGAUGGCCCCAAGGAGGAUGGGGAACUCUUUAAACACUACUGAAACACUACUAGAAAGCCGAGCCACAGAGCUGUGCUGCAUGGACCAAUGGGGAACUGUGAAUAUCAUAUAUGGACCAAUGGGGAACUUGGAACAUUGUAUGGACCAACCCUGAAUAUCACAUGGACCAAUGGGAACUCUGAAUAUCAUAUGAACCAGUGGGGAACUUGGAAUAUUGUAUGGACCAAUGGGGAGGACUCAGAAUAUUGCAUGGACCAAUAGGGAACUCCACACAGUAAGCAAGAAAGGUGUCCUUACAAAGGCAGUCACACAAUUUCACGUGGAGAUGUGAUCACUAUUGACCUCCAAGGGGAUGUGAUAUUUCAUUGUCAUUACAGGCAAUAGGAUUUUCUAUGUGACAGAUGGGGAGGGAUUUUCUCAUAUUAAUAUUAUAAUAUGAUUAUAACACGAUUAUGCUUUGCACAUUGGUCAUCAUGCAACUGCCUCUAAAAAAAACAAUGGGUUUGACUUGCCUUUAAAAUAUAUAUCACAGUACAGUGAACAGUGGUUUGUUAUCAGAGUAAUGUGACUAUUCUUGUGCAAUACUUUUAUAAUAAUUUCUUAUGACCAAUUUUUUUAUUAAAGUUUGUCGCUUGUUAAAUCAGUGAAAAUCAGUGAAAAUCCAUAUACACUACUCAGACCCAGUCUCUCUAGCCUAUGAACUGAACCAUUUAAUCCAUACACUACUCAGACCCAGUCUCUCUAGCCUAUGAACUGAACCAUUUAAUCCAUACACUACCCAGUCUCUCUAGCCUAUGAACUGAACCAUUUAAUCCAUACACUACCCAGUCUCUCUAGCCUAUGAACUGAACCAUUUAAUCCAUACACUACCCAGUCUCUCUAGCCUAUGAACUGAACCAUUUAAUCCAUACACUACCCAGUCUCUCUAGCCUAUGAACUGAACCAUUUAAUCCAUGCACUACCCAGUCUCUCUAGCCUAUGAACUGAACCAUUUAAUCCAUACACUACCCAGUCUCUCUAGCCUAUGAACUGAACCAUUUAAUCCAUACACUACCCAGUCUCUCUAGCCUAUGAACUGAACCAUUUAAUCCAUACACUACCCAGUCUCUCUAGCCUAUGAACUGAACCAUUUCAGUGCUCUGCCACAAGGUGGGGAUGCUCUGCAGGCUGUCAAGCAGAUAAUGUGCAGUACCUGACGUCCCAUUUCACAGUACAGUGGAGUGUCGUCCAUGUCCACAAGGGGAGAUACAGACACGUAGUCAGCCGUUGUGUGUGUGUGUGUGUGUGUGUGUGUCUGUGUGUGU